GUUGUCUCGGUUAGCGCAACUUUUGUAGUUGGCAGCCUUCCCCUGUGCUUAUAUAUACAGGACACAAGCCCAUAAUGCUCUCACCAAUUACUUAAAAAAAAGAAUUAACACUCUCUCUCCGAUACACUCUGUUUCAGGCGGAAAUUGAACUGAAAGAUAUCAUCAUUCAUAAACUCCAAACAAUUAGUUAUCAUGUCACGAGAAAACUUUGGUAGCGAUGCCGAUGGAUUUUACGGCGAAAUAUCUCAAGCCGAUGUCCACAUCAUCACCUCCAGCGGCCUCCGCAUUCCGGCGCAUUCCACCCUUCUGGCUGCUGCGUCGACGGUUCUGGAGAGCAUACUACUUCGGCCGCAAAAGCGGCGGAGCUCUGACAAAACCAUUCGGAUUCUGGGCGUUCCGUGCGAUGCCGUUUCCGUGUUCAUCCGGUUUCUACAUUCCUUCACGUGCACUGAAGAGCAGAUGGAGAGACACGAGAUUCAUCUGCUAGCACUUUCUCAUGUGUACUUGGUGCCACAGCUAAAGCAGAGAUGCACAAAAGGGUUGGCUGAGAGAUUGACGAUUGAAAAUGCAGUAGAUGUGCUUCAACUUGCAAGGCUAUGUGAUGCACCAGAUCUCUACCUCAAGUCCAUGAAAUUUUUGUCAAGCAAUUUCAAGAAAGUUGAGGAGACUGAGGGCUGGAAGUUCCUUCAAGAUCAUGACCCCUUUCUUGAACUUGAAAUUUUACAGUUCAUGGAUGAGGCUGAGUUGCGGAAGAAAAGGACGAGAAGACACCGGAAGGAGCUGAAUUUGUAUUUACAGCUCAGCGAAGCCAUGGAUUGUUUGGAGCAUAUUUGUACAGAAGGAUGUACUAGCGUUGGGCCACAUAAUAAGGAAUCUUUCCACAAAAGGCAGCCAUGUAGCAAGUUUGAGACCUGUCAAGGGCUCCAGCUUCUGAUCCGUCAUUUCGCUACUUGUAAGAAAAGGGCCAAUGGAAGUUGUUUGCGAUGCAAGCGCAUGUGGCAGCUCCUAAGAUUACAUGCGUCCAUUUGUGACCAUCCAGAAGAUUGCCGAGUUCCCCUUUGCAGGCAAUUCAAAGUGAAGGUGCAACAAAGGGGAGAUGAUGAGUUGUGGAAAUCACUUGUUAGAAAGGUGGUGUCAGCCAGAGCUAUGUCUUCGUUAUCUCUGCCUAAAAGAAAGAGAGAAGAAGAACCAAGAAUGUACUUAAGCCAUCAUCAAGUGAUAAACUUUAGCUUGGCAGCUUAGCGUCAUUAGGUAGAAAGUUCUUUAAUUACUUCUCAGAACAGAGAAGUUACCUUUAGCUAAAACCAAUCUCUGUAAAUGGACAAUCAAUAGAAUGGCAGUUUUUACCAUUUCAAAUGUCCUUCUGUAGAGGCCCUUUUUUGGAGAGUCACUCUUAGCUAGACGAAUUCUUAGUAUAUGAGGGGGUCAACAGAAGAUUUGUAUACAAAAAGAAUAAUGGGAAUGCAUCUUCAUUUUGUUUAAUGAGUUAGCUUUUAGUCAUACG